AUGCUUCGGUAUAUUAUUCCUCGCAAGAAAGGCUCGUUCGUCAUCGCCGCCUUCCUCACCGUCGCCUUCUUCUGCAUAGUUUAUUAUCACCGAAACGAUCGGCGACGGACGAAGUUCCAGUUUCCGAAUAUUGAAAAAUAUGCAGAAGAACUUGUUCGUCUUCCGGAGACGUGGAAUGGAGAGUUUCAUCAAAUUCCUGACUAUUCGAAACCUCGUGAAGGUCCCGGAGAGAAAGGGAAACCAGUUGUUCUCAGUGGGAAAGAAGCAGAGUUAGGACAAGUAGAUAUGAAAAAGUGGUUUAUGAACGUUCAUGUUUCGGAUAAAAUUUCACUUGACCGAGAUGUACCAGAUCCGAGAAUACAAGCGUGUAAAGACAUCAAAUAUGAUUACGCAACUCUUCCUAAAACAUCAGUUAUCAUUAUUUUUACCGAUGAAGCAUGGACACCUUUAUUGAGAACCGUUCAUUCAGUAAUCAAUCGAAGCCCUCCAGAAAUACUGCAAGAAAUAAUUUUACUCGACGAUAACAGUAAAAGACAAGAACUUCAAGAGCCUCUCGAUGAACACAUAAAACGCUUCGGAGGAAAGGUUCGAUUAAUAAGAAAACACGUUCGUCAUGGGUUGAUUCGUGCGAAGUUAGCAGGAGCACGAGAAGCAGUUGGGGACAUUAUUGUCUUUUUGGACUCUCAUUGUGAAGCGAAUCACGGUUGGCUGGAGCCAAUUGUACAGAGAAUUAGUGAUGAAAGAACUGCUAUUGUUUGUCCAAUGAUCGAUUCCAUUUCUGAUUCAACACUAGCAUAUCACGGCGAUUGGUCACUUUCAGUUGGAGGAUUUUCUUGGGCUCUUCAUUUCACAUGGGAAGGGCUACCCGAAGAAGAACAAAAGCGUCGAACAAAAGUCACCGAUUAUAUCAGAUCUCCCACGAUGGCUGGUGGCCUGUUAGCAGCGAAUCGUGAAUAUUUCUUCGAAGUUGGUGGUUAUGAUGAAGAAAUGGAUAUUUGGGGAGGAGAAAAUCUCGAAAUAUCAUUCCGAAAUUGGAUGUGCGGUGGAUCGAUCGAGUUUAUACCAUGUUCUCAUGUCGGUCACAUCUUCAGAGCUGGUCACCCCUAUAACAUGACUGGGCGAAAUAACAAUAAAGAUGUCCAUGGAACUAAUUCCAAACGACUAGCAGAAGUAUGGAUGGAUGACUACAAACGGCUCUACUAUAUGCAUCGAGAAGAUUUGAAAACAAAAGAUGUCGGAGACUUGACUUCUAGGCACGAACUACGAAAAAGACUAAAUUGUAAAUCGUUCAAAUGGUUCCUAGACAACAUCGCGAAAGGAAAGUUCAUUAUGGAUGAAGACGUGGUUGCAUAUGGUGCACUUCAUACAGUUGUUAGCGGUACUCGGAUGUGCACAGAUACAUUACAAAGAGAUGAGAAAAUGUCUCAACUUCUUGGAGUUUUCCAUUGUCAAGGAAAAGGAAGCUCUCCACAGUUAAUGUCUCUGUCAAAAGAAGGUAACCUGCGUCGAGAGAACACUUGUGCAGCAGAGGAGAGUGGGAAUGUUAGAAUGAAAACGUGUUCAAAAAGAGCACAAUUCAAUGAGAGAUGGGCGUACGAGAAACAAAUGAUACGAAACUUGAAAAGCGGAAAAUGCCUGUCAACCGCCAACUUGAAAGCUGGAGAUGAUGCGAUCGUGGUAGAGUGUGACGAAAAUGAUCCUCAUCAAAAAUGGAAUUUUGUCGACCCUGCGAAGGCUUGA